AUGGCUAUACGCUUUCUCGAGUUUGUGAAACCGUUUUGCGUGAUUCUGCCCGAAAUCGCCAAGCCUGACAGAAAGAUUCAGUUCAGGGAGAAGGUGCUAUGGACAGCGAUCACCUUGUUUGUGUUUCUGAUAUGUUGUCAGAUUCCUUUAUUUGGCAUCGUGUCCUCCGACUCUGCAGAUCCAUUUUACUGGAUUCGUGUUAUCCUGGCUUCAAACAGAGGUACAUUGAUGGAGCUUGGUAUCUCCCCAAUUGUCACUUCAUCUUUGAUCAUGCAGCUGCUGGCUGGUGCUAAAAUCAUUGAAGUUGGUGACACUCCAAAAGAUAGAGCUCUCUUCAACGGAGCUCAGAAGCUGUUUGGUAUGGUCAUUACAAUUGGACAAGCCAUCGUCUACGUUAUGACUGGAAUGUACGGAGACCCUGCUGACAUUGGAGCUGGUGUCUGUCUGCUUAUCAUUAUUCAGUUGUUUGUUGCUGGUAUAGUGGUAUUGCUUUUGGACGAGCUUCUGCAGAAAGGUUACGGCCUGGGCUCAGGUAUCUCCUUGUUCAUUGCCACAAACAUCUGUGAAACCAUUGUGUGGAAGGCAUUUAGUCCUGCAACUGUCAAUACUGGCAGAGGUACUGAGUUUGAAGGUGCUGUCAUUGCCCUGUUCCACCUGCUGGCCACCAGACAAGAUAAGGUCCGCGGCUUGCGUGAGGCAUUCUACAGACAGAAUCUGCCAAACUUGAUGAAUCUGUUGGCUACAGUUCUAGUCUUUGGUAUUGUCAUAUACUUCCAGGGUUUCCGAGUCGACCUUCCCAUCAAGUCUGCCAGAUACAGGGGUCAGCAGACUUCAUAUCCCAUCAAGCUGUUCUACACCUCAAAUAUACCAAUCAUUCUUCAGAGUGCACUUGUCUCUAAUCUUUAUAUGAUCUCACAGAUGCUGGCAAACAAGUUCAGUGGCAACUUUUUUGUCAACUUGUUGGGUGUUUGGGCUGAUGUUGGUGGAGGUGGCCCAGCCCGAUCUUACCCCAUUGGAGGUUUGUGCUAUUACUUCUCCCCGCCAGAGACGUUAGGGCACAUCUUAGAGGAUCCCAUCCAUGCUGUGCUUUACAUCAUUUUCAUGCUGGGGUCUUGUGCUUUCUUCUCCAAGACAUGGAUUGAUGUGUCAGGAUCCAGUGCCAAGGAUGUUGCCAAGCAGCUGAAAGACCAGCAGAUGGUGAUGCGGGGUCAUCGUGAGAAGUCCAUGAUUAAGGAGCUGAACCGUUAUAUCCCAACUGCAGCAGCCUUUGGAGGGUUGUGUAUCGGAGCUCUCUCAGUUCUUGCAGAUUUCUUGGGUGCCAUCGGUAGCGGAACUGGAAUCCUCUUGGCUGUGACAAUUAUUUACCAGUACUUUGAAUACUUUGUCAAGGAGCAGAGCGAGAUGGGAGGAAUGAGCACCCUACUCUUCUAA